UAAUAUGUAGCGGUUACCAUUUUCUGAACAGGUUAAAUUUAUGGACAGAAUGAAUCUUUCCUAAAAAAGAGUACUAGUUAGUAACUAAACUCCAUAAGUUAUGAAGGUUUGGAAUAGAUGAUAAUGAAGUGUUGGAAACACUGCGCCUUUUCCGUGUCAUGUUGUCCGUCGACCGUCCUCAUUACCGUCACGUGCUCUUCCAUUUGUGGAUAGCGUUCAUGCUGGUGGUGGCAUUGGUGGUGGACUUGUGCGUUUUGAUGCAAAUUUGUGUUUUGUGAUAUUUAUUGCAGUACACUAAUACAACCUCUUCUCAGACCUGCGUAAUUUAUCAGGCAUAACUCUCAUGAAUUUGCUAUCAGCCUUAUUUAUGACUCAACUUUUGUACGUUAUAGGAGUCGGAGGAGUAGCGGACUCGGAGCUGUGCAUAGCUUUGUCAUCUGCCCUUCACUACAUAAGACUAUGUGUGUUUGCAUGGAUGCUUCUCAUGACGCAUAAUAUGUAUAUGCAGUAUAAAACUGGUCUUCAUUUAAUUCCUGUUACAGACACCAACAUCGGAAAAAAGUUUUUCAGAUAUUCGCUUUUUGGAUGGGGUGUCCCAGCAAUCAUUCUUCUUAUAAGCAUCUUUGUACAGUUUUGUGAUAAAAACGGAAUGCUUUUGGAUAUUCACGACCUUAAAAGACACCAUUGCUGGUUUUUGGACGAAACUGCCUUCAUAUAUGGCUUAGUAUUACCCAGUAGUACAAUGGCUGGAUUCACUUUCUACUACCUCCUAAGAUCUGCAAUAUUUUCACGGUACAUUGUCGGUAUCCAACCAGAUAAAAAGUUGAGAGACAAAAUGAAAAGAAAGAGGACUUUACAGAUUAUUUUGUUUACGAAGAUGACUCUGGUCAUUUCCCUCUGCCUUCUCCUAGCGACAAUCUCAAAGUUAUCAUCUUCAGAUGGCAUCUGGAUUGGAUUUCAUAUAGUCCAGGGCCUCCAAGGGAUUCUUAUAGCAAUGCUGGUGACCUGCAACUGUCAAGUACUUAAAUUAUAUAGCAGAAGCAUUAAGAAUAAAGCUUCAAAACAUAUGACUAGUUAUUUUGGUGUCGCUGGUUCUAGUAUGAGUAGAUCUACUAGUUUGCAGAUGUUGACUUGGGAUCCUCCACCAGAUAUUGUGUAAGAUGCUUAUAUGUAUUAUAUUUGGUAUGGUCAAGCUUCUUUUGCUUAUGAAUCAGUUUUCAAGACUCUAGAGUUUUAGCAAUAAGAUUUUUUUUGUAAAUAUUUUUGAAAAUAGGCAAUAUAAAAAUAUUAUUUAGAAAAUAAAUAGGUAUAUGUAUAGAGAAAAAUUAAUAUAAAUGGUCUAAGUUCUUUUUCUUUGUGAAGAAGCUCUAACAUCAGAUAGAACAGAUUCUGGAAUAAUUCAGUCAUAUCAUAAUCUACAAAUCCGCAGAUAUUGUACAAAAAAAUGUGUUAGCUUAAAAUG